UCCGCGCCAAGAGCACAAUUGGCCCGCUAAGCUAAACAGUGUCUGCUUUGUGAUCCGGGAGAUGAGUUGCGCCGGGGUGUCGGCAGCUCCCUCCCUAUGGCGACUGCGCAUGGGCGCCCGGUGGCCCCUCUCAGGUGCCCCUCUGUCUGUUGAACACCUCAGCCAGGCACGCUGGCGUAUGCUGUGCAGGAGGCUGAGACAGGAGCACAGGUUCAAGACCAUCCUGGCUUGUGGGAGAAGAAUCAGCGUCAGGCCCCGCAGUUCUGGAACGACCUUAGACGACGUCAGUCGUGCCGCUGUGGAUCGGAUAAUCCGGGUGGAUCACGCAGGUGAAUAUGGAGCAAAUCGCAUCUACGCGGGCCAGAUGGCUGUCCUGGGCCGGACGAGCGUGGGACCGGUCAUUCAGAAAAUGUGGGAUCAGGAGAAGGACCACCUGAAGAAGUUCAACGAGCUGGUGGUGGCCUUCCGGGUCCGGCCCACGGUCCUCAUGCCCUUUUGGAACGUGGUGGGCUUUGCACUGGGGGCAGGGACCGCCUUGCUGGGGAAGGAGGGUGCCAUGGCCUGCACGGUGGCGGUGGAAGAGUCCAUCGCGCAUCACUAUAACAACCAGAUCAGGACGCUGAUGGAGGAGGACCCCGAAAGACACCAGGAGCUUCUUCAGGUGAUAAAGCAGUUCCGAGAUGAAGAGCUCGAGCACCAUGACCUGGGCCUCGAGCAUGACGCAGAACUGGCCCCAGCUUACACCCUCUUGAAGAGUGCCAUCCAAGCCGGAUGCAGUGCAGCGAUCUAUCUGUCAGAAAGGUUUUAAAGGAUGUCUACUCAUCCACGGCUGUCGUAGUUUAGUGAGUGACAUUUGCAGAGAAAGAACUGUACAAUUAUUAUUAUGUGAAUUUUGUUAAUAAACUAGAAGUUUUUUUUCCAAUA